AAUAACGAAUAAAAACUAAUAAUUGUAUCCAUUACGGCAGAAAUAAUGUUUCAUAUUUUACUUCAAUAUACUUGCUAUUAUUCUAAGAAAUCUGUUAUUAUAGUAAUGAUACGAACCUAGGAAUUUCUUUACAUUACUGCAGAAAAAAUUAUUUUUCUAAUGAUAACUACUUUCUGCAGUGUAAAAUUAAUAAGUAUCUCUAGAGAGAGCUUAACUACAUUUUGCAGCAUUUAUUAGGGUAAGUCAAAAUUUAAUAUUCAUCGCAUAAAAAAGUUUUGCCGCUACAUAACAUGCAAAUACAUAAUUAACUCAAUACAAUACGAUCAUUAUCUCUCGUUGCAAAAUGUACGCACGUUUAGAAAAACGCUACAAAGUACAAAAAAAUUUUUAAGACAAGUUUGAUGAUAUAUAGCGACACAAUACACUAUUAAAAACCACAUGUACGUAACUAUUCUUAUGCCCAUAAAGUUACGAAGCAGGCAAAAAAUUGCCUAAGCCACUGGAAGUAGCAUCUUUAAUAUUUAAUGCAUUCUUCGACGAAGCAGUCAGGUUAUUGUACCCGCUGCACGAGCACGCGUGAUAGUCGUCUCAUUAUAGUAUUGGAUGGAAUAAACACGACGAUCAACACCUCCUUAAUAUAAUUGCGUUAGACUUUGAUAUGGACAUAUCAAAAUCUUCAGGUUACAGAGAUUUUGAAUGGGCGAUUGAACUAAACCGUCUGACUUUAAAUUGGAUCGGCUUAUGGCCAAAAACCAAGGAAUUAACUGUGAAAAAAUUCGGGCCUGACAUUCGCGUGGGCUUUGCUUUCAUUAUGAUAACAUUUUUCUUUCUAAUUCCUCUUCUUUAUGCGCUCACGCGAGUUUGGGGCGAUAUGAUACUUAUGAUAGACAAUUUACGAGUUACAUUACCUAUGCUGUCGGUUUUAUUAAAACUUGUUAUCAUGCGAUGGAAACAAUCAAUUGUCUUAUCGAUCAUAAACAUGAUUAGAGAAGAUUGGACGAUGUUGAAGCUAGACGCAGAAAGAGAUGUAAUGAUAAAGCGUAUGAGGACCGCUCGACUGAUUGUAAUUUGUGCAUACGUUUUGACGACAUUCGCGACAAUUAUGAUUACCAUUUUACCUUAUUUUGGUUUACCGUUCAGACGUCUCACAAAUCUCACGGAUCGAGAUAAACCGUUACCAUUCCAGACAUAUUAUUUCUACGAUACAGAUAAGAACCCGCAGUUCGAGUUAACAUAUCUUACUCAAAUCAUAGCGAUGUUUUUGGUCUUGAUAAUUUAUACGUCAGUAGAUACUUUUCUUGGAUUCGUAAUUCUUCAUAUCUGCGGUCAAUUAGAAAACUUCAGACACCGAUUAGUCAAUUUGGUCAUUGGCAAAAAGUUUAACAAAGCAUUGAGAAACAACGUAGCGACUCAUUUACGACUUAUCAGGUAUGUCAAUAACGCUGAAGAUAUAUUCACUUUAAUAACGCUCGGAUCGAUAAUAUAUUUUAGCAUUAUAUUUUGUCUAUCUGGAUUUGCGUUGCUUGUUGUGAUUAAUAAUGAGAAAAUAAAUGUCACGAAUUUCGCACAGAUAUGCUACAUGAUAAUAGUUAUCAUUAUUGUUUUUAUGCAAAUGUUUUUCUAUUGCUAUGCUGGAGAGCUAAUAACAGAACAAUGGAAAGCAGUAUACCAUGCUGUGUACGAUCGUGAGUGGUACAAAUGGGACUCAAAACAAGCGAAAAAUCUUAUUCCAUUAAUGAUGCGAGUUCAGCAACCUUGCGGUAUCACAGCAGGAAAGAUUGUUCCAUUAACGAUGACUACUUUUUGCAGCGUAUUAAAAACGUCAGCUGGUUAUAUAUCUUUUUUAUGGGCAAUACUAGAUUAAGCUAAAGGAAUUAAGCUAGUAUUACAUAGUAAUAAUACAUUAGAAUACAUAUAGU